GGGGAUGGUGGCGGAGUGUGGCGAAUCACUUGCCGGGGCGAAGCGACGUGCAAUGCCGAAGCCGGUGGUACCAGACCUUACAUCCGCACACGAACCGAGGGGAUUGGAGCGAGGAGGAGGUGGGGAGGUUGAGGGCAUUGGUGGAGACGCAUGGGCCGAACUGGGUGAAGAUCGCGGGAGAGAUGGGGAGUGGGAGGACGCGGCAACAGGUGAAACAAAUGCAUUCCCGGCUCGUUCGGGAGGAAACGAGGCGGGAGAAAGCGAGAGAGAAAGAAAAGGAGGCGGAAAGGGUCAGAAAGGAGCAGAGGGAAGGAAGGGGGAGAGUGGCGCAGGGGAAAGGGGGGGGAGGGAGGAGGAGCCAGGAGCCUGAACCGGG